UUAAAUAAAUGUUGAGCGUUGUCGAUCAUGGUUGUUAUAGAUUAAUUGAGGAAUAUUACAUUAAUAUGCGUUUCAGACUGAGUUUUGUUUAGGAAUCGAAUUGCAAGCAGCAGAAAGAAAAGCGAAUGAGUUGCAGCAAUUUUUACUGUACAGCAAAGGAGCAGAAACAGUACUAGUGAAGAACGUCGAUCUCGACACGUGUCAGAAAAUAUUUGGUGAUUAUAAGGUGUAUGCUUCAGAAAACCAGUUUUACGACGCGGUAAAGUUUGACUCGCAACAAAGCUCUUGUCAGCUCAUUUUAGCAUACGGAGGUAGCAACGGUCUCCGAUCCUCAACCGCAUCGUCACCACUGCUCAUGGAGACGCGAGGUUGCAGGCACGGCAGGUUGGUGUUUCGCCGCUUUGCGAACCACGUUUUGGUCGGCUUUGCCGAUGUAGUCAUCCGCAAGGCUUCGAUUUACAAUUGCUUCUGCGCCUGUGCUUCCGCGAUGAUGCACUCGGACGACAACUGCCGCUCGUUCAUGUUCUUCUAUGAUUCGAAUGAGUGCAUCUUAAACAAGGCAUCAAGACUCAGCCAUCCGUCAAAUUUCGCCUUGGAAACGAAAGCUCCAAGGGUUGAUUACUUCGAUCGUGUAUGCGAACACGUCAAUGAACCGGCGAACCUUCCCGGUAAGUGCGUCGACGCUCUUACUUCUACGUGUACAACGUAG